CAGUCUACGUCACACCCGGAAGUGAUGCGCGGUCAUCAGACUGAGUGAAAACAACAACAUCCGAACCGAACAAACGGCGGUUCGGUAUUUUGUCCAGAACCAGACGGAGCCGUCCUCCGGUCCAACCCGGUCGUCGGUGCGCACAGAACGGCCACAGAUGUGGAUCCAGCCGGAGGAGGUGCUGCUGGCCGGGGCGCUGUGGGUGUCGGAGCGGGCCAACCCGUUCUUCAUCCUGCAGAGGCGGAGAGGCCACGGCCGCGGCGGAGGGCUGUCCGGUCUACUGGUCGGGACUCUGGACGUGGUUCUGGACUCGUCGGCCCGGGUGGCCCCCUACAGGAUCCUCCUCCAGACUGCAGACUCUCAGAUCUUCUGGAACAUCGCCUGUGGUUCUUCCCGGAAGGAGAUCACGGAGCACUGGGAUUGGCUGGAAUCCAACCUGCUGCAGACCAUCUCCAUAUUUGACAACGAUGAAGACAUCACCACCUUCGUCAAAGGGAAAAUCUCUGGUAUCAUUGCAGAAGAGAACCGUCCAGCAGACAGCGAGGAGCAGGAGGAGGAUAGCGGGAAGUUCCGGGAGGCGGAGUUGAAGAUGAGACGUCUGUUUGGGAUGCCCGAUGAGGAGAAGCUGGUCAACUAUUACUCCUGCAGUUAUUGGAAGGGCCGAGUGCCACGACAGGGCUGGCUUUACCUGUCCGUCAAUCACCUGUGCUUCUACUCAUUUCUGCUCGGCAAAGAGGUGACCCUGGUGGUGCCGUGGACUGAGGUCACACAGCUGGAUAAAAAUGCAACCCUACUGUUUCCGGAGAGCGUUCGAGUGAGCACUCGUCUGACAGAACAUUUCUUCUCCAUGUUUCUGAACAUUAACGACACCUUUAAGCUGAUGGAGCAGCUCGCUAACAUCGCCAUGAGGCAGCUGCUCGACAACGAGGCUUUCGCUGCCGACCGCUCGCUUCCCAAACCCUGCAAGACGCUGAAGAACGUGUCAGCGCUCAAGAGGGACCUGGAUGCUCGGGCCAAGAACGAGCGUUACCGUGCGAUGUUCAGGCUGACGCAGGACGAGCGCCUGGACGGACACACGGACUGUACACUGUGGACGCCCUUCGCCAAGAUGCACGUGGUCGGUCAGCUAUUCAUCUCCAACAACUACAUCUGUUUCAACAGCAGAGAAGAAGACCUAUGUCAGCUGAUCAUCCCGCUGCGAGAGGUGACCAUUGUGGAGAAGGCGGACAGCAGCAGCGUCCUACCAUGUCCUGUCUCCAUCAGCACCAAAAACAAGAUGAACUUCCUGUUUGCCAACCUCAAAGACAGAGACUUCCUCGUCCAACGAAUCUCCGACUUCCUGCAGCGAACACCCGACAGUUCGUGGGGGGACACCAGCCCGCUGGCUCUGAUUGGCCACUCGACGUCCAACAUCCACUCAGCGUCUGCAGGGUCAGAGUCCAUCAGCAGGGGGCGACAUUAUCAUCCAGGUCUGCCUACAGCCAGCUGUGGACUUCUGCAGCUUUACCACCAGGACACCCCCGAAGACCUGGGGCCUAAAGCUAUGAAGGAGAAGAUGAAGGAAGAGUCGUGGAACAUCCAUUUCUCAGAGUUUGGUCGAGGUGUGUGCAUGUACCGAACAUCCAGAACCAGGGACCUGGUGCUGAACGGGAUCCCAGAGUGUCUGAGAGGAGAGCUGUGGCUGCUGUUCUCUGGAGCACAGAAUGAGAUGGCAACUCACCCUGGUUACUAUGGUGACCUGGUGGAGCAGGCGAUGGGGCUCUGUUCAUUGGCUACAGAGGAGAUUGAGCGUGACCUUCACCGCUCCAUGCCUGAACACCGAGCCUUCCAGAACGAGACCGGAAUUGCAGCACUGCGUCGAGUCCUGACAGCCUACGCCCACCGCAACCCGGGCAUCGGGUACUGCCAGGCGAUGAACAUCGUCACCUCCGUCCUCCUGCUCUACUGUACCGAGGAACAGGCUUUCUGGCUGCUGGUGGCGCUGUGUGAGAGAAUGCUGCCAGACUACUACAACACCAGGGUCGUAGGGGCGCUGGUGGACCAGGGCGUGUUCGAGGAGCUGACCCGGGCCUUCCUCCCUCUCCUGUAUGAACACAUGCAGCAGCUGGGCGUCAUCUCCACCAUCAGCCUGUCCUGGUUCCUCACUCUGUUCCUGUCCGUGAUGCCCUUCGACAGCGCCGUCCUCCUGGUCGACUGCUUCUUCUACGAGGGCAUCAAGGUCAUCUUCCAGGUGGCGCUGGCUGUUCUCCAUGACAACAUGGAUGCUCUUCUGUCCUGCAGCGAUGAAGGAGAGGCCAUGACCAUCCUGGGCAGGUAUCUGGAUAAUGUUGUAAACAAACAGACCGUGGCUCCGCCCACCCCUCACCUUCAUGCCCUGCUGACCAGCGGUGACGAGCCACCGCCUGAGAUCGACGUCUUUGACCUCAUCAAGUCUUCGUACGAGAAGUUUGGCACCCUGCGCUCAGAUGUCAUCGAACAGAUGAGGUUCAAACAGAGGUUAAAGGUCAUUCAGUCUCUGGAAGACACAGCCAAGAGGAGUGUGGUGAGGGCGGUGAUGACAGAGUCAGCGUUCAGCAUUGAGGAACUGGAGGAACUGUACUGUCUGUUUAAGUCCAAACACAUGACCAGUUGUUACUGGGGUUCCACGUCUUCAGCGGCCGAGCGUCAUGACCCCAGCCUCCCGUACCUGGAGCAGUACCGCAUUGACUCCGCCCAGUUCACCCAACUCUUCAUCUCGUUGGCUCCCUGGGUCUGCGGUGGCCACACCCCCACACUGGCAGCCCGUCUCUUCAGACUGCUGGACCAGAACCAGGAUGGACUCGUCAACUUCAAGGAGUUCAUCACCGGACUGACUGGGAUGUAUCACGGAGAUAUGACGGAGAAACUGAAGCUGCUCUAUAAGCUUCACCUCCCACCAGCUCUGUGUCCUGAGGAGGCGGAGUCUGCUCUAGAGGCCACACAUUUUUUCACUGAUGAUCUCAGCAAAGAUUCUUCCUUCCUGUCUGAUAUGGACUCUGUGGCGCAGCAGGAAGUGACAUCAGGUGAGGAAGUAAAGGAUGGAGGUGGAGACAGUGAGGACAAAAAAGAGGACAAGGUGAAGGACUACAGGUACUACCUGAGGAUGUGGGCCACUGAGAAGGAGCCCAAGAAGGAGACCAUCAAGGACCUGCCCCGGAUGAACCAGGAGCAGUUCAUAGAGUUUUGUAAAACUCUCUACAACAUGUUCAGUGAGGAUUCGUCGGAGCAGCAGCUCUACCACUCCAUCGCUACUGUUGCCUCUUUGCUUUUACGCAUCGGAGAAGUUGGGAAGAAGUUCAGCAACAACGGUGGCAAGAAGUCUGUCGCUGCUGUUGAGCAGGCCCCGCCCCUCAGUGCUCCUGAGGGGGCGGAGUCUCCAUGCGCAGCUGAGCAGGCUCCGCCCUGUCCUCCACCUCCUGCCGAGGAGGCGGAGUCUCUGUCAGGUGAAUGUCAGGUGAUCGGAGCGCUGGCCGACGCCCAUCUGGAGGACGAGGACGAGGCGUCGGUGUCGUCGUACUCAGUGGUGAGCUCCGGUUCGUUGCGGUGUGAGGACGUCGCUGAUGAUGACGAUGCGGUGCUAGUUGGCGAACGGAGGCGGGGCAGCACGCUCGAUGCCGAUUGGUCAAUCAGCUUUGAGCAGGCGCUGGCGUCACUGCUCACAGAGGCGCCUCUUGUCGACUUCUUCGAGAGGAAGAGAGAUGUCCGGAGCAAGAUGGCCGCCUGCAGGGCUCAACGGGCUGUAGAACGACAGACAAGCUCCGCCUCCGACCAUGAACUGACACCACACACUGUCUGAUUGGCUGCAGGGACUCUGAUGUCACUGAGCAUCUAAUCAAAUUGAUCACAUCACUUCCUGCAUGUUUUUUUCACAAUAAAAUGCUUCAGACUGAUGUGUUUCACAACAUCUAACAACUUUACUCAUUACUAAUGAUCAAAAAUAAAGUGACCCAAAUGCUGUUUCCAUGGAAACAUGCAGACGGCAGAGGACUCCUCCUUUAAAUCACACAAAUAGUGGAGGCGUGGUUUAUGUCAGCCAAUGAGGACUGAGGAAACAUACAGGACACUGAUGAUGAACUAUGGAGGAAUGAACCAAGGCUUUUAAUGUGAAGGGGAAGGAGGAAGUGUGUUUUAAAGCAGAUUCAACCAGUGUCUGCAAACGUCUGUUUUCUACAAGUAAACGAAUCAAAUGACUGAAGUAACAUUUACCUACAGAAUUAACUAAUUAAACAGAUUAAUUCUUGUUCAAAUGAAUAUUAAUAAAAUGUAUUAUUUAAUCUCUGAUAACACCUGCCGGCUUUUAUUUGGAAGCAUCAUUGUGUCUUUUCUUCCUGUUUUACUUCCAAACGAUGCUUUUUAAAUGUUAUUGAUCUGUUCUCUGUUGUCUAAUAAAUGCAAAAAUUUCACUUUA